CGCGUGUGGAUAUGCGCCUCGACAUGAACUCUGAGGGCUACAUAACCGCCGAGCUCCUCGCGGAAAGCACCAUCGAAAGCCUUCUGUCCGAACACCCCGGUGAACUCGUGAGGACCGGCAGCCCGCACGUCGUCUGCACCGUCCUCCCGUCACACUGGAGGUCCAACAAGACGCUGCCCGUCGGGUUCAAAGUCGUCGCCCUGGGCGAGGUGAUGGACGGGACGGUCGUCACGGUCAGGGCCGGAAACGACGAAAACUACUGUGCCGAACUCAGGAAUUGCACUGCCGUCAUGAAGAACCAGGUCGCCAAAUUCAACGACCUCCGGUUCGUCGGAAGGAGCGGAAGAGGGAAAAGCUUCACGUUGUCGAUAAUUGUGAACUCCUGCCCGCCUCAGAUAGCGACGUACAACAAAGCGAUUAAAGUAACCGUCGAUGGACCGAGGGAGCCUCGAUCUAAAACCAUGUUUUUUGUUCCAGGACAUCAGUCUUUCCAUCCGUUCCACUUUGGGCCAAGACCGUUCCCAUUUCCGGGCGGCAUAGACCCUCAACGAGUGGAAUCCCUUCCGUUCAAACUCUCAGGUCUUGCUCAGCAGCUCGGUGAGGGUGGCUGGGGGCGCGGGGGCUACCCUUACUUGCCGCCGCCUCCGCCGCUUCACCACUCGCAGCUCCUGGCCCUGUCCGCAGGGCACCACACGCAUCCGAAUUCAGAGCUAUGCCGCGAACCUCUGGGCCCUAUAAGCGUUGCAGUCGCUGGGAACGAUGAGAAGAACUCUGUUGAGUCCGGAGCUGGACUUUUGACGACUGCGGGUGAACAGAGGCCGUCGUCGUCUUCCGGUGGAUCGGGAGCUACAUCUCCGGAACCGAGGCCGGCCACACCACCUCCGCUCGGCCUACACCAUCCGGCAUUUUUCAGCCUCCUGCUGCAAACUCCACUCCUGCCUCCUUCGCACUGGCUCUACCCGCACCUCUACCCGCCCCUGAUAAGACCGCCGGAUCCUCCUCCGGCCAGCCCGCCGACAAAACCCUCUCCGAAAGCCGCAACGAAAAGGUCAACUGACGUCUGGCGACCUUACUAAGUUUUGCCGAUAUUUUCGAAUUCUUGAAGUUUUAACCUCACUUUUUAAAUUCUCUCGGGAGAAAGAUUAAAGAUAAGUCGAACGGAUCCUACGAGAGACAGUUACCAGUGCUGAGAAUAAUGUAAUUCUUUUUAUAUUUCGUUUAGCAAAUAUAUUUUAUGUUUACAAAUCUCUUUAAUAAAAAAAAACCUCUUUGUUUUGUAAUAAAAAUUCCACUUUAAAUGUUUACUCUCUAGUCGUCAACGUUCGAUCGCUCCGUUGUGAAAUGUAAAAAGACAAAGUUUUGACUUACGCAAAUAUUGUCUUAAUUAAAUUUCUUGACUUUAUUGUCAAAAUGUGUCUCCUAAAUAGUCUAGCUCUUGCAAGGUAUUUUUUCUCUUUUUCGUUUCAGUUUGCAGCACUGAUUAUGUUUUUCCCUUUUAAAUUUAAAUUUUUUUUAUAAAAUUAAAAUCAAACUACUACUAUUGUCCUGACUUUUAGAUAGACAUUAAGCGUAUUUAUUGCAGGCAGUUUACAAUUUAGUUUCUGUUAAAAAAAGUUAAAGUUUUAUUGCUGUUAAAUUAAAAUUGAACUAUACUGUUACAUUGUUUUGUUUUACAUAAUUGUUUAUAUUCUUUUAUACGACCUUCGGUACAACAAUUGCAUUAUUUAAUCUUCCAAAUGGUACAAAUUAUAUUUUGAUAAUUUCAAAAAUACUUGCUCAACGUUUGCUUUUGAAUAAUCAUACUCACGGGAUAAAGUGGUGGGCAACCCAGCUUCAUAUAUUUUACAAGAAGUAAAAUAGUUUCAAACGAUCUUGCUAAUUUUGUACUCAAAUAGUAUUUCUUCGAGUCUGUAAAUAAUAUCGGUGUACACUUUUACGUUCAAGGGACUCUAAUUUGUAUACUUAAGUCAUAAAUCUCAAUGUAAUUUUCUUAAAAGCUUGUAGUUCUGUUCAUUAAUUUGUUAGCUAUGUACAAAUUUUAUAAACUAAAGAUUGGAAAGCGUUAAAAAAACGUCUUAAGUGUUGUAAGGCGCUUGAAAUAAAUCGAAAAUAUUGAGAUGAAAGUAAUGUAUGUUGCACUAUUAGUUAAUUGUUAUCAUAGGUUUUAAAAAAGUGAGAUUUCAACGGGGCGAUUGGUAUAAAAACAGGAUCUCAGAAAGUUUAUUAUGGCCGAGACACGCCAACUUCACAGAACAUUGCUCUUUGCACGAUAUAUUUUUCCAUCGUUACCGACUUGUAAAUAAAAUAUUGUUUGUAAAUAAUUACGCUGAUGCGACAGUUGUACUACCAGAGAUAAUUGUAAAUGUGUUUUCCCAUCGUGGAUAUGUUAUUUUGCAAUGGUAAAAGAACAAAAAAAACUGUGUGUAAAGGAGAAUUUAUUUCUUCGUUGUCUAUAUGUAUAUAUGUUUUAUGGUGUAGUUAAGAAAGUAUUGAU